ACGUGACCGGGCGCGUCAGUGCGCACUGGAGACUGGAGACUGAGGAAGGGCACCCAAACCAUCCGCCUCAUUUACACACAGAGCCGUUUACCACCAAGCCCCCUCCGCGAGGAGAAGCAGCAGCAGAAGAAGACGGCUCAGUUUCUUCCACACUCCUUCACGCCACGGAAACUUCGCGUGAGCUACGAGGCUGGAUUAUUUGACCCGAGAAGGGAAUUCGGUGGCUAAAAUAGGUUCUCAGACUCUUGUCAGACGCGCACCGAGGUCUCUCUCUCUCUCGCUCUCUCUCUCUCUCUCUCGCUUCCUGCGUGGCUUUAACUCCCAACUCGGCUGAGUGAGUGGGUGAGGGAGUGAGUGAGAGACAGACCUGGAUUUUGCUCCGCGGCUCUCUCAGGACAAGGCUGAGAAAACAUACCCUGCACUCACGCAGCCGCACCGAGCCUGGAGCAGCAGCAGAGCCUGCGUGCUGCCGGUGGGAUCAAGGAUUUUGUGGAUUAAUGCUCCUGAAGACACGGCGACGAGCUUCGGGUUUUUUUCUUCAUGGGAUAAUUUGCGGAUAGCAUUGAGGCUUAAUUAGGCCCCGGUUUGAAUAAUGUCAACAACAGCCAAUGCACGCUGAUAGUCUUGUUGGAGACCUUUUAUUAUUAUUAUUAUUGCUCAGAGAGAACAUACAUCCGAGCUGCGUGGUGGAUUUUCUGUUAGUUCAGAAGAUUUAAAAGCUGCCCGGAGGUGAUGGUGUUCUACUCCCGGAGGAAACGUCGACUGUCCCGUCAACCCUGACUCUUUAUUUUAUUUUUAUUUCGUGGAUCUGGUCUGCUGGAGAACAGCUACGGAGACUGGCGCAUGCUACAGAUUUCCUCCGCUCGUCCAGCUCCCAGGUUUUCCACCGUCUCUUCUCCGGCUGCUUGUCAUUGCCUAGACUUGGAUCCCGGAAUCUUCAUGAUUUGCGGACACCAUGCUCGUUUUUUAGCCGGGAAAUCUUCUUUUCGUCCCGCAUGUUUAGGACCAAACGAUCGGGGCUCGUCCGGCGACUCUGGAGGAGCCGUGCGCCCGUGGAGGGCGACGGGGAGACGGAUAGAGGAACGCAUGGCUCCGGGGGCUGCUGCAUGGGCAAAGCGACAAAGGUGGCCAAGUCCAACGCAGGCUCGGAGGCUGAACUGAAGGCGUUGACCCACUCUUUGCUGAAAAAGAUCAAAGAGAAACAUUUAGAGGUGCUUUUGCAGGCGGUGGAGUCCAAGGGGGGUGCCCGCAGCCCUUGCUUGCUGCUGCCCAGCAAAGUGGACGCCAAAGUGGGUCAGCAGUCUUACUCUCUCCCCAUGCUGCUCUACAAAGUGUUCAGGUGGCCGGAUCUCAGGCAUUCCUCGGAGCUGAAGAGGCUGUCUUGCUGUGAAUCCUACGGGAAAACCAACCCGGACCCCGUUUGCUGCAACCCGCACCACAUGAGCAGGCUUUGUGAACUCGAGUCUCCCCCUCCUCCAUAUUCGCGCUAUCCCAUGGAUUAUCUCAAACCACCAGAUUCUCCAGACUCUGGACCUUCAUCCAGUGAGACUGGAGGAACGACGUACUCGGCCCCCGUGGGGCUUUCAGGUGAAUAUCUCUACAAGUUCACAUCGCCCAUUCAUCUUCUCUCCUCAUCAUCUUCCUCCCCUGUUUUCCUUUCCUUCUUCUUUGCAUUCCUCCCAACACACACACACACACACACGCACGCACGCACGCACGCACGCACGCACGCACGCACGCACACACACACACACACACACACACACACACACACACACACCAUCUCCUCUCCAUACUUUGAGAUGAUGAGGCUGUGAUUGUGGGGGCCCCUGCUUCCCCUCUGUAAUAAAAAGCCAGUGGAGGAGGUGGAGGAGGAGGAGGGUGGUGUAGUUCUCCCACAGCCACAUAAAUUCUUCCCUCCUGGCUCUUUUGAACAACACUCCUCUUUUCUUCCCGCUCUCUGUGUGAUGUUGUAAUAGAAGACCAACAUGCCGGGUCGUUGUUUGCAGAAGAAUAUGCUCAGUUCAUGUGAUGUGUGUGUGUGUGUGGGGGGGGGGGGGGGUCCCUUCAAGUGACAUUUGAGUGUUUGUUUCGGCAUGUUUGCACGUACAGGAGGCAUCUUUGUAGUCGGGGAACUCUCCUCUAGGCUGUGUGUGGAUAAGGGUGAGACACAGACGCCUUUCUCUCUGCCAGCUCUGAUGCCGGACGUGUUUUUGGGCGUCUGCAGCCUUCCCCUCUAAUCGCCCGUCGGCGACGCAUCACCUCCUUUAGCAGUCGUCGCCCAGGGAGCACAACGAGGCGAUGCUUCUGAGAGGAGGAGCGCUUUGGCUUCGUGCUGCUCUCCGCUCUGCUUUUGCUGCAGAUGGUUCUCAUUAUUGGCCCUUUUUAAAGCCUGUUUUAUGUCAGUUAGUGUUCGCUGCCCAUUCCCCCCCCCCCCCCCCAUCCUUUGUUUGGUGGUAGGGGGUGGAGGUUUUAGCCUUGCCUGUCUGAGCUGUUGAAGAAAAAUCAGAGGCUUUAAAGAGCAGAAGAUCCAGAAAUCCUGCUCUCCUCUGACCUGUGGGACGGACGCUACAGUCCUCCCAGUGUGCAUUCACUAAAGACACGUUUUUAAAAUGUGUAACCCAAGAAGGCUUAAACAGCCACCCCUUCACCAGUCAGGUGCCACCCCUCCUCUGUCUUUUCCACCUCCUCCCCUGUUUUUCCUUCCUGGUGAGGAUGACAUGACAGUGGCACCCAGCCGUUUGGUAAAUGGAGCUCCUCAGUGAGAGCAGGAGAGGCUGAUGGCCAAAGCGCUCUGCCCUCAUGAUUUCCCUGGCAAGCUCGGAGGAAAAGAAAAGGAGAGAGAGAGAGAGAGAGAGAGAGAGAGAGA